CCCUAUACUAGUAUAUAGAAGGGGAGGGACUCUGCAGUCAGUAGGAGGGCUUGAAUGAAUGCAGUGUGAAGCAUCUUCUCUCUCCAACCUCCCAAAAUAUCCAACCCCAGUGUACUGCUUCCAGUCCUACAGCCAGUGAUGUCCAUACACAGCCUCUGAUCACAUCCUCUGCCUGGCUGGAUCAUCAUGGGUGUAUAUAGGAGGACAGCCUGUCCCCCCCAUACACACUGCCACUAACAAGCCCAAAGCAGCUCUGCACUUCCAUCAUCCCUGCACCAAACUCUCUGAGAGGCAAAACCAAAAUGAAUGCCAUGGAGAGCAGAAUGAUUGACUAUCGUAUUAGUGUCAUCACAAGCCCUCCAGAAUGGGAAAUCGGAAUUUACAUAGCUGGUGCAUUGACACUGCUUGGCGUGGUGGGUUUAUACCUUUGGAAGUUGUAUAAAUCUGGAGAUUAUCCAUCACCUUCUCCAUUCCCCAACUAUGACUAUAGAUAUCUGAAGCAAAAAUAUGGGACAACAUGCUCAGAAGUUAAAAGGAAGAGGACCGUUCACGGGAAUUCUUUCAACAAUGUGGCAAAUCUCAAUGACACCUACGAAAGCAUGAAUGAGUUUGGUCCCAUGGAACUGAUCCACAAGGAGAUGGAGAUGACACCAUAUGGAGUAUUAAGGAAAUCUGUCUCCACAGACUCUCUCAGCUCCAUCUCAUCUAUUGGAAAUAACUUUGGUCAAGACUUUACAGUGGGGCAAGUAGAAGUGACUAUGGAUUACGAUGUGAAUUCCAACAUACUGCAUGUCAUGUUAAUACAAGGAAAAGAUCUAAUGGAGAGGAAAGAGGAUGGAAACUUUGAGUCUUGUUUUGUCCAUAUUAGCCUGUUACCUGAUGAACAAAUUGUUGGAAUUUCAAGGAUACAGAGAAAUGCAUAUUCAGUUUUAUUCGAUGAGAGGUUUUCCAUACCGCUGGAUCCGUUGGCGCUGGAGGAAAACAGCCUGAGGUUCGCUAUUUUUGGAAUCGAUGGAGAUGAAAGGAAUAUUAGUACGGGAGUUGCAGAGCUGAAAUUAUCAGACCUGGAUUUGGCUAUGCGUCCAUUCAAUACCUGGAUAUACCUACAAGAUGUGAAUAAGGCUGCAGAUUCAGUAGGAGAGAUUCUGUUAUCUCUCAGUUACCUUCCAACAGCUGAGCGUCUUACUGUGGUGGUCGUUAAAGGAAAGAACUUGGUGUGGACAGAAGGAAAGACCUCUGCAGAUCCAUUUGUAAAGGUGUACCUGCUGCAAGAAGGCAGGAAGAUCAGCAAGAAAAAGACCGCAGUGAAACGGGACGACAGAAACCCGGUCUUUAAUGAAGCCAUGAUUUUCUCUGUACCAGCCAUAGUACUGCAGGACCUGUCUCUAAGGGUGACAGCGGCAGAAUGCUGUGAUGAUGGCAGAACAGAAAAUACUGGACAUGUGAUCAUCGGACCAACAGUCAGUGGGAUGGGCAUGACCCACUGGAACCAGAUGUUAGCCACCUUAAGAAAGCCAGUGUCUAUGUGGCAUCAGCUACGACGAAACUAACUGCAAAGUCACAUCAGGAUAAGAAGAAUGUUGGUAAUGAUAUUUAAUGUUUUGAACCCAAACAGCAAAGCAUAAACUUCUCAUGACUCUCUGUGAACAUAUUCCUGUACAAAAAUGAUCUGUGUAAAUAACUUGCAUGAGAUUUCUUUCAUAAUAUUUCAGGCUGUAAAUUUUGCGAAGAUUUUAUUAUUAGUUUUGUGAUUUUUCUGUUUCCGACAUAAUUUUAAUUCAGGCUGUAUAUUGCUGAAAGAAUUGCUAACGCUUACAGACUUAUCAGUGUUUGCUUUGCUACACUAGCUACUCUACUGACAAUUAGGAAACAAUUAUAUUUUACUGACAGAGAGUAUAUUUCAAUAUUUAGAGGAUCGUAAAAAAAAUAAAUUGGGGGUUAGCUUGUUAUUAUGUGACAGCUACCUCUAGCCAAAGCCAUAACUGUAUUACCACAGGAGUAUUAAUGCUAACCUUCUAAAUG